GCGGAUUUUCAAAGGUUUCCGUUACUGUGGGUUUGUCAACAUCCCUUGUCUUAAGUAGGUAGAUCGAUAGUUGGCUGGUCCGCGUUGAUAUUCACAGUUCCUGUCUGGAGGAUUUGGUGAUCCCCUGCUACUAGACACGGAAGCCUGUUAAGCGAAAGCUUCUAUUCCGUCCGCAACCAUUUGAACAACACGUUCUAGCGGCUGCAGACAAUCAUUUUUACGAUAGUAGCCGAUAUCGGUCUAGGAUAAAAGAAUCAGUUUGUGACGGUGCUGUAAAUAAGGAAUAUCUGCGUAUGACUAGUAUAUUCUGACUUAUCAAGACUUUGUGAGUGAGGUCAUGGAGGUUGUGUAACUGAGUAUCGUGUGACAAUUUUAGUCUUCCUACCAGUUAUCUUCAAGCCUUCGACAUCAAAUAAAGGACAACUUGAUGUCGAGUCACUUAGCCACGCAGUCACAUUGGAAAGUAGAUUGACAGAACCUUAUCGACACUGAAUGUUAGAUAAAAUGUGAUCUGCAAUUAGUGUCACUAGUAUCGUUGUCAUAACAGUUUAGCGGCCAUCUCUCAGAUCUCUAAGUGCCUUUGUGCAACCGAGGCUGUGAUUAGCCUGCUCGCUCUCGAAAUGCUCUUAAAUACUCCUAUAUACCCACUUCCUGAAAAGUCCUACUCACUGCUUCCUUUCGGUAGGGAUGUAGUUUAUGGGAUUAAGAGGACGAGAAACAAAUAUCCGGGUUGUUGAAUGUGGAGGAUUCACCUAGGAAAGUUGUAAAACCCUGAUUUUAAGCUAAUGGUGCACAUAGGCUCCAAGAUUCUAAGAGAUCGAAUGGUAUAUUAACCUAUCCUAGGUCACAGGCUACCAUAGGAUCGCAUCUAACGUUGCCCCAUUGCCUUGUGGAUAAGGCCUCUAGGCCAAAGGCUCGGGAUUGGCUCUCUAAGGAAACAACCUGGUUAAGUUUAAGGACUCGGGUAGUAUUCUAACCCACACAAAUAUGAAACUGAUUAUCAAUGAAGGAAACAAUUUUACUCACUUUCGCUACCUAUACAAAUGACUAUUUUUACUAUUACAUAAUAAUCAAUGUCAACGGAAACUUCUAGUUCUAUAUCAUUAAAAGGUUCUGCUGAAUUAUUAACAGAUUAUUUUUUUUAUGCAUUAAAUAGUAUUUUAUAUCAACGUGGUAUUUAUCCAUCAGCAUCAUUUAAACAAAAUAUUAAAUAUGAUUUAAGUGUACUUGUUACAACGGAUGAAAAUCUUAUCAAAUAUUUAAAUGUUAUAUUAAAUCAAGUAAAAAAUUGGUUAGAAGAUGGAAGUGUACAUCGACUUGCAUUAAUAAUUAAAUCAGUAAAAACUGAUGAAGUAUUAGAAAGAUGGCAAUUUGAUAUGACAACUGAAAAAACAGAUACUAGUAAUUCAGUUGGAACAAAAUCUUUAGCACAAAUACAAAGUGAAAUUCAAGGUGUAAUACGUCAAAUUGUUGCUUCAAAUACAUUUUUACCAGUAUUAAAUAGUUCAUGCACUUUUGAAUUACUAGUCUAUGCUGAUCGAAAUGCAAAUGUUCCUACUUCUUGGGAGGAAACUGGUCCACAAUUCAUUGUUAACUCUACAGAAAUCAAAUUACGCUCAAUCUCUACAACAUUACAUAGAGUUGAUCAUACAGUCUCAUAUAAACGUUCAAUUUGAUAGACAUAUUUUGUUUUGUUAUUGUUUUAACUGGAGAAAUCUGAGAUUAUUAUUAUGAUUAUUACUAUUUUUAUAAAAGUAAAUAUACUUU